AUGAUGUUUGGAGACAAUGUCUUUAUCACAGGAGGAACCUUUAGUCAGCAAAAUGGUCCUGCCCCGAACCUAGGGUUCAAAACCCUCCAGAAAUUUGUCUGCGCCGCCGCCCUCCACGACUCCUCCGACCGAUUCGAUGCACCCAAAUGUCACCCGCAGACGCGAGUUGCCGUCCUCAACAAGAUCAUGGACUGGGCGACAGGCAAAAUCGACGAGACUGCAUUCAUCCUGUGGUUGUACGGCCCAGCAGGUGCAGGAAAGACCGCCAUCUUGCAGACGAUCGCGGAGAUGUGCACGGAAGCUGGGUUCGUUCUGGCCAGUUUCUUCUUCUAUCGCACCGAUGCACGCAGGAACGACGGGAGCCAUCUCGUUGCGACGUUGGCAUAUCAGAUGGCGCUUGCAAUGCCGCCGUUCCGCAAGCUCGUGAACGCGGCUGUCGAAUACCAUCCUUAUAUUUUUGAGUGCUCGAUUGAGAAGCAGCUCAUAGCCCUCAUCGUUCACCCACUCCUGCAACUCGCCCAAACCAGUUUCUUCGCUGAGACAGCCGUUCCAGUUGUCACUGUCGUCGAUGGACUUGACGAAUGUCAGGACCACGUAAUGCAGCGUCAAGUCAUUGAAGCAAUUCACGCCAUCCGAACCAAGGCACCGCCUUUCCUCAAACUCUUAAUCGCCAGUCGCGCAGAACCGCAAAUAAUGGCAACAUUCAGCACCCUUGACCACCUUUCAAUCUCAAAACACCUCGUACUCGACGACGAGUACAAACCUAACGAAGAUAUUCGCAUAUUCCUACGGGAUCGAUUCAAAAAGAUCCGCACCACCCACCUCUUCAAGUCAUUCAUCCCAAAGGACUGGCCCGGCGACGACGUCCUGGACGUCCUCGUCAACAAAUCAUCCGGGCAAUUCGUCUACGCCUCAGUCGUCAUGCGUUUUCUUGACUCUCCCCGCCAUCGGCCUACUGACCGACUGGAGAUCGUCCGAGGUCUGCGACCGCCCGACCGUGAGCUCCCGUUUGCCGAGCUCGAUGCGCUGUACCGGCACAUAUUCUCCACGGUUCAGAAUCUUCCCAUGGUACUGCGGAUGUUCGGUGUACGGUACCUCGUCCCGGAGGUGUUUUCGAAGCGAUUUUCGGUUUCGCUGCAGGGAACAAAUGCUGAGUGCACAGUUUCUGAUUUGGCACAGAGGACACUGUGCCUCAGCGAUGGGGACCUCAAUGUCCUGUGUGCUGAUUUAACGCCUAUAGUCUCUUGUAAUUUUAGGGGAACCGUCAAAGACCUGCAUGCUUCGUUAAACGACUUUCUACGCGACCCGACACGUUCCGGAGACUAUGCCGUGAACUUUCCUCAGGCAUAUGCAGAUAUAGGCUCCUUUUUGUGCCGUUCGUGGGAUAUCCAGGGAUUGUGGAACGAAGAGCUGCUUCUGUGUUGCAGAAACGCAGCUUUGACCGAGGACUUUGGGUUGGGAUUGUUAACGGUAGGAUGUCUGGACGGGGAUGCAACAGGGUGGCGCCAAUACUGCGAUGGAGUUGCUGACACCAAGCUUCCAGCAGUAUAUGCUCUUCUCCAGAUUCUUGCGACGAAGAAGAUGUGCAGACACUGCCGCGGCUCGGGCAUGGACAUGCUGUACGCCGACAUCUUCGGCGGAGGACGGCGUGGUGGGUGGUUCGACCCGUACGAUGGCUUUGGGCUCGGAGGCGACGUCAACCGCUCGUACUUCGCGCCGGUGUCGGACCGUGCCAAGGGCGCUUUGGAGAAUGCGAAGGCCGCUUUCCUGAACCACCUCGCCACGGUCGACACUAGCAAGGGUACCGUUACCGACGAGAUCGUCAAGUUCCAUCUCGUCCCGGAUAUGAGGAAGGCGUUCAACAAGUUCGUCAAGGAGUACGGGUGCAUUGGCACGUCGCGUCAGCUCACUCGCGCUGAGCAGGAUUUGAUCAACAAGACUCGCAAGUCGCUCAUGUGGUACACCUCCGUCAUUGUGACUCCGGAAGCGCAGCGUGCCUACCUCGAGAAGCACCCCAACAUCGCAAAACCUGCCCGUACCACUGCUUCGGCUUCCACCGCGUCUACCUACACCGCGGUCGCUUCGACGUCGACCGCGUCUGCCAGUACUGGCCCGCUCAACGACGCCAAUGGCCAGAAGAUCAAGCACAAGCUCAAAGAAGCUGCUGCAAAGAAAGCUGCCGCCAACCCAUCUGCGAAGAAGCUCAGUCACAAGAAGAAGGCUUAA